CAGGCUUUGAAUAUUAGCUGUUCAAAAAACCGCAUAAUGUUGUUCUAAUGAAAUUUUUUAUAACCCAGCCAAUUUAUACAUACUUGUAUUAUGUAUGUAUAUUAAUCGUUAUGUUGGAAGGGGAAUGUUGAAGAGUCAGUAGUCGUUCAUGUAAGGACAUCGGGAUACGACUAUAGGCAGUGAGUAUUACCUACCACCAGUUUUUAUUUUAUUACUUAGCUGUAGUAGUUUUCAUUAUACUUUUCAAGGCACGAACGGCCGAUACAAAGGACAGACGGUUUUGGGAAAUGGCGACUGACGACAAGAGCAAAAGGUUGGCAAGGUGGUAUUUUGGCGGCCUAGGAUCGGCCGGUGCGGCAUGCUGUACUCAUCCGCUAGACCUUUUAAAGGUUCAUCUGCAAACGCAACAAGAAGGAAAACUGUCCGUCAGUCGUUUGGCCUUAAAAAUCGUCAAAGACCAAGGAGUGUUGUCGCUGUACACGGGCAUAUCGGCCUCGUUGUGUCGCCAAUUGUCGUAUUCAACUGUACGAUUUGGAAUCUAUGAGGUUGGAAAGCAAUCCAUGACAAAACCGGGCGAAAAUGUUCCGUUCUACAAAACUGUACUAUUGGCAUCCGCAGCGGGUGCUGCAGGCGGUUUUGUCGGUACACCUGCUGAUAUGGUUAACGUGAGAAUGCAGAAUGACGUUAAGUUGCCGGCAGAGAGUCGUAGAAACUAUAAACACGCUCUGGAUGGAUUCAUACGUGUAUGGAAGGAAGAAGGAUUCCCUCGACUGUUUUCGGGCGCUUCGACCGCCACCAUGCGUGCUGUUCUCAUGACCGUAGGUCAACUAUCGUUCUACGAUCAAGUAAAACAAAUGUUGUUGGCUUCAGGCUAUUUCGGUGACAAUUCUACCACACAUUUCUUGUCGAGUCUUACUGCCGGCGCCGUCGCCACAACACUCACUCAACCUCUGGACGUGUUAAAAACACGUGCGAUGAACGCCAAGCCCGGAGAAUACUCGGGUACGCUCGACUUGGUAAGGUAUACAGCUAGGCUUGGUCCAAUGGGAUUCUUCAAAGGCUACGUUCCGGCUUUCGUCCGGUUGGCUCCGCAGACGAUAUUGACAUUUGUAUUCCUCGAACAACUGCGAAUGAACUUUGGCUACAACAAGACCUAAGUUCAUGACAUUUUGGCAACCAAACUAGUCACAGGGAAAUUUGUUCCACUCAACGCUUUAAAGAUUAAUGAGAUCAUGAAUAGUUUCUAUUGGUUCGUUCCCAAUUUUGUAUGUUUUGACGUACGAAAAUCGGUUGUCUUCGAAUUCUUUAAUUUUCAAAAUAUUAUUAUUAUUAGUUAUAAAUUUAGCGUUCAAUCAAACGGUAUCGUGGUUUAUGGGUGGUUUUAUAAUUUAAAUUAACUGUGGACAACCUACUACCGACUUUUAUGUAUAUAUUAUAUAUUUAAAUUUUUCCAAUAUCGUUUAUGAGCUUCCUCUAUUGAAAAACAAAACUAGAUUGCAUUUAUUAUGAGCAAUAUUACUAAAUGUUAUUUAACAGCCGUGUUCAAUUAUUUUAGUUGUAUGGGUAUUAUAAUCAAAUUUAUUAACUCGUAAUCAUUAUCGUUAUUAUUACUAUGUGUCGUACAAAAGAGAAAAAGCGUACUCUUUAUCGAACAAGCCAACGAGUUGGCAUUUGUUUGUACGUAUUUAAAUCAAUGUUUUCUCUUUCAAAACUCGAUGCCAAAACUAUAAAUGACAAAAAUCAAAUUAUAUAUUAUUAGAAUUGUUUAACGCAUGACGUGUUACUCUAGUCUUUGAAAAAAGAACGUAAUAGUAUGCUAUACUUUUUUUUCUAGCGUAUCUUUAAUUUCUAUGUUACCUAACCUUAUUUGUUUGGUUCUAAAUCUAUAAUUAUUGUUUGAGAUUUUAAAGCUUAAAAAUGUUCACAAUGAAAAGGCGAAAAAAACAUAUUUGUACCAUUCCAUGACAUUUUUUUUUUUUGCAAAAAUGUAUUAAAUUUGUUUUUUAAUAAAAUUUAAACCAUUUUUUUUUAUAUGUGCCAUGCCAAUAUAAUUAUUAUGUGACAUCUUUUAUUCUUUUCUUUUUUUUUGUAACAAAAUUUGUGCAAUAAAUAUAUUAUUAUUGAAGCAAUAACGAGUAAUAACGGAUGUGUAUUUUUUUUUGUUUUAACUUUGAUCGGUUGUAACGGAACAAAUAUUUUUUUUUAUAUACUCUAUUCGCGUUAAAUAUCAAUUUUUGUUUUUGUUAUAAACCGUUUUUAUUUUGUUUUAUCAAACAACAUAGUUGUAUAACCAUAUUAUUUUUAUUUACUAGUUAAAAAUAUAUAUUUUAUAUAAAAACUUGUUAAACUUAUAUGAAUCUUUUCUUUUAAAUGUCUAAUCCAUUAAAUUGUUUUUUUAAAUUUUUUCGGUCAUUGUUAAAUAAUUAAAAGAAAAACGUUUGAUAGUUUUACGAUUACAAAAUUCACAAAUCAAAUUUAAUUACGGUCAUUCGAGAACACCAAUAACAAUUUUUUUUUUUUAUUGUAACAGUUUGUAAAUUAUGCCAAUUUAUGUUUUGUUUUUUACUGUGAUGUUUGUAAUUGUUAUGGUAAUAUUAUGUUAUCGACGGUUUUUGUAUCCGACGUACUGUCGUAUGCGUAACAUUUAUUUAGUAAGUAUAAUUUAGAAAUGUAAAAAAUAAUUUGUAACGGACAGUGUUUUGUAGUGUAAAAUAAUAUUUGGUGUGAAAAAAUAAAAGGCCGAAGAAGUUAACAAG